UCCUACGCCAAGGUCGUCGUUGGGGCCGAUUUGGUCUCCGCGACACCUAACGUGGCCCUCCAGAAGGCACGGAGCUGGGACGAAGGUGUCUCUUCCAAACGAACUAAUUUAUUCUACCUAGAACUUAAGAACAAUAGAAAGAUAUGCUUUUCUGUUCCUGAUGCAUAUACGGGAGUUUGUUCCCAGCAACAUGUCCCGAGUUACAAAAACAACAUUGAUAAGUUCAAGGCUAAAGGGGUGGACUCUGUCAGUUGUGUGGCUGUCAAUGAUCCUUUUAUCAUAAACGACUUAGUUACAUGUGUUCUUUCUUCCCAUCUAGAUGAAUUCUAUGGAGACUUUGAUGGGAAAUUUCACACGAGUUUGGAGUUGGAGAAGGAUCUCUCUGGUGCUUUGCUUGGACCUCGAUCUAAGAGGAUGGUCGGCAUUUGUGAAGAUGGGAAAAUCAAGGUCCUUAACUUCGAAGAAGUGCCGUCGGACUUAAAGGUUUCUGGUGGGUGA